AUGGAAACCAGACUGAAAGACAUCAACGGGGUUUUUGUAUCAGAGGGUUUCGCUGUGGGAGGAUCAGGAGCCUCCAAUGAGUCCAAGUUCCUGGUCUUUGGGACUGGAACCAAACUUUAUGUAUCAGACGCUUCAGACGUCAGAAAGCAGCAGGACCCUGAGGUGAGUCUGUACUCCGCGGUUUCCGGUCUGCAGCCGGACCGGAAGGAGCUGCAGCCGGACCGGAAGGAGCCGCUGCUAUGCGUCGCUUCAGGAAUGUUCCCGCCGGUGGUCCGGUUCACCUGGAAAAGGAAGAAGGAGGACGGGAAGGAGGAGGUUCUUCCUGCUGGAGCGGAGCAGCUGGAGGUCAGAGAGUCGGGUCGUUUCUCCUCCAUCAGGAUGGUGGAUCCGGAUCCUCAGCUCGCCUACCAGUACCGCUGCUCCGUCCAACAUGAAGGGGGCGCUAAAGAGACUCCCUCAAAAACAGUGGCCCCUCGCCCCGCCGGCCCUCCGCCCCCCACUGAGUCUCUGGGCUUCAGCCAGCAGCUCCUCUUCCUCAUCUACUCGCUGCUCAUGGCCAAGAGUCUGCUCUACUUCUGCUGUCUGUCCCUGAUCAGCGUCUGUGGAACCAGCAGAACCGACUGACUGGAUCCCAGUUUGUCCUGGAAGCUUCAGACAUGAAUGUAAAACUUCAGGAUUUUCUGUUCAUAAACGUGAAAACGCUUCUACAUGCUGCAUUUCUAUGCUGUUCAUCCAACAGGAGAUUAAAACGUCAUUAAUAUUUUAGGAAUGUGAAGAUUCUCUUAAUCUUUUGAGGCUUUUUAUUACAAUUUGCAUAUUUCUGCUUUGUUUACAUUUAAUGUUUUUAUUGCAAAGAAUUGAUUUUAUUCUUUACCGAGUUUAUGAAUGUUUUGUUUCUGCCAGCUGAACCUCAUUUAACUCAAAUUAAAUCCGAAUAUAUUUUAUCUUUAUCAGUUUGAAUGUAAGGUGAUUUUCUGUAUUCCAUAU